AUGAUGCGUCGACUGGUCAUCCGCUGUAGUCCCGGAGGAAAGCAGUCGAUAACCUCGCCAGGUGGUCGGCGUCUGUGCACCGGCCGCAAAUGCCUUUUUGGACAAGCUGCUGCAAAGCAACGUGUGGAAGCUCGAUUUUGGGCGACCGGCAAGCAACAAGGCCUUCGCUCCCUUACCCUUGGUGCAGUUGGCACUUCCGUUACUGCUUUCACUGGAUACAGCUGCUACCGGCUACUUUCAGCUUGGGAUCAGACCGAAGAUGUGGAGCUGCCAGCCGUCCCGGAACCAAGUGGUCAUUUUGUGCAUCCUUAUGAGACUUGGCCCUGGUACCAGAAGGCCUGGUUUGCUUUGAAGCGGUCGGUUUUCUUGGCCUGGGUAUUUGCCCCUUUCAUGUGUGCCUCUACACUGUUGGUGGUGUUUGGAAAGGAAAGCAGGAGAUGGCGCGAACACUGGCUACACCAGAUGCUCGAAUGUACACAGAGAGCAGGUGCCGCCUUCCAGAAGUUUGGCCAAUGGCUCUCCAUGAGGCCGGAUAUGUUCCCCCCAGACGUGAUUCUUGUCCUCAGCAAGCUGCGGGCGGAUGCGCCAGCGCACUCUGGGGUUGUUUCUCGAAAGAUGCUGAAGGAUCAGUUCGGCAAGGAUGUGGAUGAACUCUUUGAUGAAUUUCAGGAGGAGCCUGUGGCCAGUGGAUCAGUGGGCCAGGUGCAUCGGGCUCGCCUAAGAGCGGAGCAUGCCCUGGAUGGCCCAGGUGGCCAGCUCCGAGAUGUAGCAGUGAAGGUACAGCAUCCGGGGGUCAUCGACAGCGCCUUCAUGGAUCUCAACAUUGUGUGGAAGAUCGUGGAAUUUUCCGAAAACUUUUUGCACAUGACCAUGCCGUUCGACAGGAGUGAUUUUGACGAAGUGAUCCAAGCUCAGAUGGACUUCACCAGAGAAGCCUUUAACCUUCAACGCUUUGCACGCAAUUUCAAAGGCGAGCGCCGGAUCAGGUUUCCGAAAGUAUCUUCCCGCUUUGUCACGCCGGAAGUACUUGUGGAGACUUGGGAAAACGGCGAAAUCAUUUCGAAUGUCAUGGAGGACUUUGACAACGCCAAGGCUGCAUGCCAAGAUGCCAUGACCGCCUUGGAGAUGAAAAAACGCGAAGUUCAAGGUGAUCUCUCAAAAAUUCUGUAUGACAUGAGUAUGAAGAUGAUGGUUCGGGACAAUUUUGUCCAUGGUGACUUGCAUGGCGGCAACAUUUUGUAUUCGAAGAAUGAUGACCAUGUCACAGUCCUGGAUGCUGGAAUCGCAACAUCACUGGACAAACGUACGUUUGCUCCUUUCGGACGCUUUUUGCACGCACUUUGUUCUGGACAGACGGAGAAGGUGGUCGAAUACUUGCAGCGGUUCAACGAAUCGAACAUGGUAGUGAACACCAAGCAGUUGCACACGGACAUCCAGGAAACAAUGGACAAGUACAUGGGACCUUUCCGCUUAGACAAGGAGGGACCGUUGAAUGCGGCAGACAUGUUUGGAGAAGUCAUGUUUACCCUACAGAAGCACGGAAUGUUGCUCAAGGGUGACGUCGCUUCUACAUUGUUUACAAUCUCAAUCAGUGAAGGCUUAGUGCGCCAACUGGACCCAACUUUUGAUGUGGCCAAACAGGCGUUACCAUACAUCACCAAGUACAUGGGUUCUACCUUUGUGCACAGUUAA